GUGAGAGGCUGCCCAGGUAUCUAAAGGUGCGUCACCACUUGGAGCAGGAUGAGAGAAGAUUCCCUGGGGACAAACUGGCCAGGAGAACUCAGGAACACACUGGCCACUGAAGCAGAUGUUCUGAAGGCAGCAGGACCUGCCACACGUCGCUGUCAAAAGAUGGGCUUAGGGACCAACGAGCCGCCGAAGUCUCCAGACGUGCCCCUGAGUCCCUUGGAAUGUCAUAAUUAUUUUUGCUUCCUUAUUGUAAUAGGGAAGUUGUCCCGGCUUGUACAAAUUGGUCUGCAGCCCAAUGCACUUUAUGGACUAUCAGGGAAAAGCAAGGACGGGGAAUUUAUUGUCCUUGAAGGCAGACGAGCUGCAGCCAGGUAAAUGUGCAUUAACUGAGCUGCUGGAGCCUUAAUUUUGAUUCAGCUGGAAGGAGAAGGUGGUGGGGGGAGAGAGCGGAAAGAGCACCGUGACUUAAGCAUCUGCAAAUGAUCUGUGUCAGAUAGGCUAAUAGGGAAAGCCAAGGGUAUUUGAAAUGAAUUGCAAAGCCUGCCUUGCUAAAACUGCAAAAGGUCUGGAGGUGAUUGUCUAGCCAGCCUGUCUUUAGGAAGAAAUCCAGGCUCUGAAACACCUACGUGCCCUGCAGGACAAGGAGGUGCCCCACUCUCCCUGGGGGGCAUGGCCAGGUGCUAUUAUGAUUCCAUUACAGAGGGCUGGACUAGAUGAGCCUUGGGGACCCCUCCAGCUUCUGUAAUCGAUGGGUGAUGUUUCCCCCAAGGAGCUCAAGGGGACGUGUGUAGUUCCCCUCCUCCCCCUUUCAUCCUCACAACAACCAGGGGAGGGGGGUGAAACCACCUCUGCCUUUAUUUACUUGUCUCCAUCAUAGAAUUGCAGAGUUGAAAGGGCUCCUCUCCGAGUUUGGCGGCGACGGCAGCGGCACAGGCAGGGAAAAUAGGGACAUUCUGGGAUCAAAUCAGAAGCUGGGGUGGCCUUCAUACUUCCAGGACUGUCCCUGGAAAAUAGGGACACUUGGAGAGUAUGUAGCCACAGACACUCCCUUAACAGCUGUUGAUGACAACACACACCUCAUGGCAUUGGUAAGUCAAUUAGCACAUGCAGUAUGAUUUAGAAAGGAAUCCCUCUAUCCCACUUCAAGCCAAAAGUGACUGAAUUGAAACUCUUUACUCUUUUGUUGUUGUUUAGUCCUUUAGUCAUGUCCGACUCUUCAUGACCCCCUGGACCAGAGCACGCCAGGCCCUCCUGUCUUCCACUGCCUCCCGCAGUUUGGUCAAACUCAUGCUGGUAGCUUCGAGAACACUGUCCCACCAUCUCGUCCUCUGUCGUCCCCUUCUCCUUGUGCCCUCCAUCUUUCCCAACAUCAGGGGCUUUUCCAGGGUGUCUUCUCUUCUCAUGAGGUGGCCAAAGUCUUGGAGCCUCAGCUUCAGGAUCUGUCCUUCCAGUGAGCACUCAGGGCUGAUUUCCUUCAGAAUGGAGAGGUUUGAUCUUCUUGCAGUCCAUGGGACUCUCAAGAGUCUCCUCCAGCACCAGAAUUCAAAAGCAUCCAUUAUCUGGCGAUCAGCCUUCUUUAUGGUCCAGCUCUCACUUCCAUACAUCUUUACUCUUUACGCCUUGCAAUUCAGGAGUUUGCUGUCACCCUUUGAGGGUUCUUUGUUGAAAAGCGGCUACUUCAUACCCAGCUCAACAGUCCCCGUGGAUUGAUUUCUGUGACACUUUGGGGAAAGAGAGAGUCUCUGAGCAUGUGCCGAGUGCCUCCGUACCUCUGAGCCCCCCAGUCUUGCAGGUUGCUGGGAUCCAGAGCAAUCCUUAUUCUUUUCCCUCUCCUUGAAAGCGUCUGAGGCUGGGCUCUGGCGCAAAGGGGAACAAGUCCUGCUAACAACUCCCGUCUCUCGGGGGCAGUGGCUCGCCGCAGGCCCUCUCAGAGCCUCGUAAUGAAGCCGCCUGUCACUGCUGCUCCCGCCGUUGGAUAAUGACAGAGUAAGCCCAGCAUCUGCAGCAGCAGCAGCCGGAGAGAAGAGGUGAGCUCAGCGCUGCUGACUAAGCCAGGGGAGCAGAGGUCAGCCAGUAAUUACUUUGGGGUCUAUUAUCUGCAAUUUCUGUAAUCUGUACCAGCAAGCAGUACACUGGCAAUAAAGGAGAAGGUGGCCGGCCUCUCCCUCCUGCCUCCGGCAAAGAAGGCUGCAGAGCCUGAGACUUCUCAGUCUGGAGGCGGCAAGAUGGAGAUCUGUAGAAUGAUCCACGCCCAGGAGAAAGUGGAUGGAAAACAGUCUGGACUUCCGCUCUUAGUGCAAGAACUCAUGGUUCAGCUUAGUUUUUAUGUGUUUGUCUCACAAAGUCCUACCGUGUUUUGUGGGUUAUAUGGCGGCAUGCAUGGGACAUGUCAGAACAUUACAACAUGUGAGCACAUCCUCAGUGGCCCGGAGUGCCUUCCAUCAGCUUUGUCUGGUGGCCCAGCUACACCCAGGGACAGCCUAACUACUGUUGUCUAGGCUCUGGUAACCUCAAGGUUAGACUACUGCAAUGCGUUAUAUGUAGGGCUACCUCUGAAGACAGUUUGGAAACUUCAGCUGGUACAGAAUUCAGCAGCCAGGUUGCUCACCAGAGCAAGACAGUUUGAGCAUCUUACACCAAUCCUGGUCCAACUGCUCUGGCUACUGAUUAGUUUCCGGGCCCAAUUCAAAGUGCUGGUUUUGACCUAUGAAGCCUUAAAUGCCUCAGGACCGCAAUACCUCAAGGACCGCCUCUCCCCAUAUGAACCCACCCGGACCCUAAUACCAUCUCCUGAGGCCCCCCUUGGUGUGUCUCCUCCUCGAGAAGUCCAGAGGUGGCAACAUGAGAACGGGGCCUUCUCUGCAGUGGCUCCGUCUGUGGAAUGCUCUCCCCAGGGAAGUUUGCCUGGCGCCUUCAUUAUACACCUUUAUGCACCAGGCAAAAACAUCCCUUUUUAACCAGGUUGAUUUGAUUGACAUCCUAUGUCCUUUUAAAAUGUGGCUCUUUUUUGGGGCGGUGUUAUUGGGUGGUUGUUUUUAUUUUGAUUAGAUAGAUAUAUGCCAGUAUAGAAAAUUCAAUAAAUUAAAUAAAAUGAAGUGUGUGCAUGGUGUCAACAUGGCGUGUGCAUGCCGACAUCACUUGCAGGCGGCACUGGCCCCUUCAGUUGUGGGCCCUCUGCUGAACUGACAAACAUGAGGAAGGAAGGAUAAUGUCUAAUAAAUAUAUCCUCUCCUAGCAUCUGUUCACAUCCCAACAAAUAAACUUCAUUUAGGGUUCCCUUGGGAGACUCUUCCAAGCCCACCGUUCUAUGAUUCUGUGACCUUGGAAGGUGCUGGGAAAGGUCUUCCUUGCAGGUUCUUUGUUGUAGUUGAGUCAUUUAGUCAUGUCCGCCUCUUCGUGACCCCCUGGACCAGAGCACGCCAGGCACUCCUGUCUUCCACUGCCUCCCGCAGUUUGGUCAGACUCAUACUGGUAGCUUCGAGAACACUGUCCCACCAUCUCCUCCCCUUCUCCUUGUGCCCUCCAUCUUCCCCAACAUCAGGGUCUUUUCCAGGGAGUCUUCUCUUCUCCUGAGGUGGCCAAAGUCUUGGAGCCUCAGCUUCAGGAUCUGUCCUUCCAGUCAGCACUCAGGGCUGAUUUCCUUCAGAAUGGAGAGGUUUGAUCUUCUUGCAAUCCAUGGGACUCUCAAGAGUCUCCUCCAGCACCAGAAUUCAAAAGCAUCCAUUCUUUACUCUUUACGCCUUGCAAUUCAGGAGUUUGCUGUCACCCUUUGAGGGUUAUUUGUUGAAAAGCGGCCUACUUCAUACCCACCUCAACAGUCCUCGUGGAUUGAUUUCUGUGAUGCUUUGGGGAAAGAGAGAGUCUCUGAGCAUGUGCCGAGUGCCUCUGUACCUCUGAGCCCCCCAGUCUUGCAGGGUGCUGGGAUCCAGAGCAAUCCUUAUUCUUUUCCCUCUCCUUGAAAGCGUCUGAGGCUGGGCUCUGGCGCAAAGGGGAACAAGUCCUGCUAACAAUGAUCUUCGCUAUUUUGAUGUUGAGCUUCAGACCAUAUUUUGCCCUCUCCUCUUUCACCCUCAUUCAAAGGUUCUUUAAUUCCUCCUCACUUUCUUAAGCAGGUUCUUAAGCAGAGGUUGAAGGACCACCUGCCAGUGAUGCUUUAGCUGUGAUUCCUGCAUUGCAGGGGCUGGACUAGAUGGCCCUCAGGGGUCCCCUCCAGCUCUACAAUUCUUUGAUUGGAGGGCCUCUUUCCGGAGAUUCACCAAGGCCUCCCUUUGCGGGAGGCUGAGCGAUCACUGCAGCGGCGAUCACUUUCAAGCAUGCAGCUUUGCGUAAAUUGCAAAUCGGGUGUGGUUUGAAGUGGCUUUUCAAAUAUUGUUCCGCUAAUUUGUAAGCUGGGGAGGGGGGCUGCUGCGCAUCUGUGGGGGUCUGCAUAUCAAAAGGAGCCUCUCCCUUCGAAGCGGAGCCUGCCGUCUGUUCCUUCUGAAUGUGUCAGCUGUCGCUUAAACUGCACGGUCUCCUUCGGAGCAGGUGGAACCCUCCUCGAUUUGGAGCUCGGAUGGAGACGCCGCGCGCAAGAUCCGGGGAGCCGCGAGGAAGCUGCGCGGCGACUUUCUUCUCCGCGAGACCCUAAUUUCUGCAGCUGUUAAGUGGAAGGAAAUGUUAAUUGCCGCCAUUGUGCAUUGUUCGCCUUUCAUCUCCGCGUGUUUGUUGUGUGCAAACAGGCUAAAUAUAGCUCUAAUUGUUCUGUCAAUUAAUUGCUUCAUCUGAGAGGCACCUGCGCCGACUCUCGCCGGG